AUGCUUAGCAGUAGCAAAUUCGCCUCUGAUCCACAUAUCAGUUUUGUAGCAAUAAAGAAUCUUCAAGUUGGUCAACAUUUUAUUCUCCCAAAUUUCAGUCAGGAAUCAAAACAUUUUGCUGAGAGUUACCUGAAAAGGAAACUCUAUGUUACAAAUCAAAUGAUUAAUGUGUGGAAUAAUAUUUCAAAAGAUCAACUUCAUUUUUUCAAACGUAUCCUGUCAGGCCCAAUAGGCAUAGAGAAGUCAUACAUCAUGUUAUACCUUAUCGCAAGGGCAUAUGCUGAAGGAUGGCAAAUACUCUAUAUCACAGAUGCAGCUGAGUUAGAUGUGAAUACACUGGAGAAAGCGGGAAAGGUUAUCUGCAAGUACUUUUUGACUCUAAAUAGGGAUAUUUUAACUGGUAAUGAGCUUAAAAUGCUUGUGAAGAAUAUUACUUUUUCUUUUAAAAAGAAUUUCAUUAUCGUUGCUGAAAUAAUUUUGGGAGAGCUACUUAAACAAGUAGAGCGCAAGACUCUUUUGUCAUCGACAAGCAUAGAAUAUUAUUCAAAGAAGAUCCUCCAAUCUGGUUGUGAUAAAGUUUUAGAUCAUAGCUUCAAUGGAUAUCCUCAAUUUGACUUUAUGCUCAAAAUCAUAUUUAUACAAGUAUUAAUUACUGGUAUCACUGCAAAUGAUAUUAAUAGAAGAAACCAAAUUGAAAUAUAUUUGGACGAGAUAUAUGGACCCACCCAUUCUGUUAGAAUAAAUCCUAUAAGCUGUAAGUUUAAUGUUUCCAAAAAUAGCAAAUACAAACCUGAAUUUCAAAUCGUUUAUAUUCAAGGUUCAUCCAGUACUGCUAAGCAUUCGAUAAAAGCAACUAGUAAUUCAAAAUGA